AUGUCUCGGCCAGGCUCUUCAAUGUCAAGACAGCUGACGCUUACCGAGGAGCUUGAGAGGCUCGAGCAGUCCAUCACCCUCACGCUGCAAGAAAUCGAUUCCAACUUUAGCCGAGCGCACCGUAUCGUCACAACGAGCAUCCUGCCGCUAGUUGAGCAAUAUGGAGAGCACUCUAAGGCUGUGUGGGAAGCCUCCAAGUUCUGGAAGCAAUUCUUCGAGGCAUCAGCGAAUGUGUCACUGUCAGGAUACGAGGAGCUAGCGGCGGACGGGGAGGAUACGACUGCGAACGAAGAAGAAACGACCGAGCAUGAUGAGACCACCGAAGAUUACACGCCCCGUCGCGAGGCAGACGAUCACUCCAUCACCGCCGACGAGACGGCUUCCUACCACGAACAGGACGAGUCCCUUUUGGACGACGGAACCGGCGAUCUUGCUGGCAGCACGCCGCGCGCAGCUCCACCCAAGAAAUCUCGACCACACUUCGCCAAGUUGGGCUCGCCCUACGAACAGCUGAAGAGGGAGCUGAAGGGCGACGGCGACGGCGGCGGCGACCAGGCAUCUGGAGGAGACGACUCGGACUCUGACAUCGUGCCUCACCAACACACCACCCGGCUGCCAGACAUGUCGAUGACGCCUCGAUCGUCGCUGGGCGGGGCGGACCUUACCGAGGACGACGUCUUCUCAACAGCGCGCAAGAACAAGGAUCCUCUCCUCCACCGACUCCUGGAUAAGAACUACCGCAUCCAGGCGACGCCGCACAAGCCCACUGGCGUUUCCCCAAUCAAGUGGAAGGUCACGGAGAAGCCGCAGGACAAGGGCAAGCUACCCGCCUGGCAGGAGGACUCGCCCAUGUCUUCGCCCGAAAUGGCCAUCCCGACACUCCGCAGCGCGGCGUUCAUGUCGCCUGUCAAGUUCCCUGCUGGCGGUCGGCCUGCUGGACGUGUUCCUGCUUCGAGCGGCCCGCGCACGCCUGGGGUGAGCGUGCAGACGCCUGCGACGGCGAGGAAGACCAAGGAUGUAUACGCGGACAAGAGCCAGGAGCGGGGUAGGCAGAGAGAUGAGGUUUCUUGGGACAGCGAUGAGGACGAUGUGUAUGGUGGUAUGAGCCCACCUAAGACAAUCCAGUUUGCCCUGCCGCCUUCGAAGCUUCUGCAGACUCCUGCACGGGAGGCGAGCAAGCGAAUCGUCGACGACAUCCUUCUCACGGCUGGUAUGGAACCGGAGGAGUCCUCCGAGUAUAGUCCCACUAUUGUGAAGAUGAACGCCAAUAUUUCGGAUGACACAUUUUAGAUGAUGUUGUCUAGCCUUUGAACAAUAUUAUCAUUAUGGCUUGUCCUCUUGCGCAACAUAUACAUCUCUCGGGAAUAGAACUGUCAACAGCCCUGGACCCGCGUAUCUAUUGUUGUAUUCUCUCACUCUAUUCAUGCGCACAGAUGUUGUUGGACGUCCGAGACAAGACCACGAAGACUACGGCAACAAGAUUCCCAGGGAACACAUUGCUUCGUGCAGCUGGGUUGCAUGUAGAUACUGAGGCAAACCGGCAAGCUCGGGGCCGAGAUCGUAAAAGUACCGGGCCAACUAUUGCCACACUGGAGGAGGGUUAUUUGAUUCAUCAGCAUUCGAAGGCGGUCGGUGACGUGGACUAAGAGUGUAACAUGCAUCCCUUGGGCAGCGAAAGAGGAUGAGCGGUCUGUUUUCCUGGGCCUUGCCUGCCUGCUUACUCCCCCUCCCCCAAAGAAAGUCGGGGAUCAGAGCCCUCCGGAGGAAGGUGAGACACAUGGUGCAUGUCAAGCCAUCCCUAAAAGAGGCAGGGCAGAACGUUCACCGGGAAACACAUCGAGAAUGUGAUCGAGGUCAUCUGAACAAUAUCAAGUGACCUCUUGGGGCAGUAUUCUC